ACGAAAAUGCCUCAUUCCAGGAACACGUUCUUCCCCUUUGUGAUCUUGAAUUUCCCCAAAUAAUUUUCCAAAAAAUCAAACAAACAAAGUAUAAGCAACCCGAACGAACGAACGAAGAUCAUCACUCACAAUUUCGUCACCUCUGCUAGUGUGCGAGGUGCACGAAAAUUACUCAUUGAGGAGGAUGCGCAAUCAGGUGGUUAUGAUCUACCAAAAUCGUAUUUUUCUAUAGAUAAAACCUAUUGCUAAAGUCGUCUCGUAAAAAGUUUGAAAAGAUGGGGUGCCUGAAUCAACAGUCAGUUUCCAGAGACACUAAAGAUUGUUCCUGCACACCACCCAGAUCGUCUUCCGCAUUUAUGGUUAAUUCCGAAAUAGGUGCAGUUUUAGCCGUCAUGAGACGAAACGUACGGUGGGGAUUUCACUACACAACGGACGAAGAUCAACUUGACCACCCUCUGAUCAAAUCAUUCAAAGAAAUACGUCGAAAAGUCUUCUCAUGGCAGCACCAGUGGCACGCGAUCAACCCCGUUGUGUAUUUGCAGCCGUUUUUAGACGUCAUUCAAUCAGACGAAACGAGUGCACCGAUAACCGGUGUCGCGUUGUCAUCGAUAUACAAGUUUUUAACGCUUGAAGUUCUUGAUCUGGACAUCGUUAACGUAACUGAUGCGUUGUGUUUGAUAGUUGAUGCCGUGACUAGUUGUCGGUUUGAGGUUACGGAUCCUGCUUCUGAGGAAGUGGUAUUGAUGAAAAUACUUCAAGUUUUGCUGGCUUGUAUGAAGAAUAAAGCGUCGGUUACUUUGAGUAACCAGCAUGUAUGCAACAUAGUGAACACGUGUUUCCAGAUAGUUCAUCAAGCAAGCUCGAAAGGCGAAUUGUUGCAGCGAACAGCUCGACACACGAUGCAUGAGUUGAUUAGAUGUAUUUUUAUGCAUCUGCCUGAUGUUUGUAAUAAUAAUAAUAAUAAUAAUCAAGAUCUUACUCAUGAAGGCAGAUCACAUCUUGUAGAUGAGGUCAGCAUUCCGGACAAUGAUCACGCAUCCGCAAGUAAAACACAGGAUAACGGUUAUACCGGUUCAAAAAUCGAGUCAAUCGGUGGCGGUAUCAGUCUUUCCACCGAGAUUCCCGAAGUUAAAAUGGAUCAUGAAUUCACUGGAGACGUUGGUCAGACUAAAAACCAUCUUGUCGAAGAAUCGUACGGUGUUCCAUGCAUGGUGGAAAUAUUCAACUUCCUUUGUUCCCUUUUGCACGCAGUCGAACAUGUUGGAGUGGGUCCCAGAUCCAACUCUAUAGCAUACGAUGAAGACGUUCCGUUAUUUGCUUUCGGCUUGAUCAACUCAGCCAUCGAGUUAAGCGGGCCCUGUUUGGGCCACCAUCCCGAACUCUUAGCGUUGGUCCAAAACGACUUAUUCCAUAGCUUGAUGCAAUUCGGGUUAUCUCCGAGCCCGUUAAUUCUUUCUACGGUUUGUAGUAUUGUUUUGAAUGUUUAUCAUCUUAUGCGGGUUAAAGUUAAACUCCAGCUCGAAGCGUUUUUCUCCGGUGUUCUUAUGAAGAUUGCGGUUAACAAACACGGAGCUUCGUAUCAACAACAGGAAGUUGCUAUGGAAACGCUCGUCGAUCUUUGCAGGCAGCCGGGUUUUAUUCAUGAAGUUUACGCUAAUUACGAUUGUGACAUUUCGUGUAGCAAUGUUUUUGAAGAUCUUGCGAAUUUGUUAUCUAAAAGCACGAUUCCGGUUAAUACCCCGCUAUCUGCGAUAAACGUUCUUGCUCUAGAAGGAUUAAUCGCGAUGAUUAGUAGUAUGGCCGACACCGUUGGUGACGGUGACAGUGAUCGAACCCCAGUUCUAGAACCCGAUGCUUCCGAUGUUUCCCAUGAGCCGUUUUGGAAUGUGAAAUGUGAAAGUUAUGAAAACCCCGAGUGUUGGGUACCGUAUAUCUGUAAGAUGAAGCGAGUUAAGAAGAAGUUAACGAUUGGGGCCGAUCAGUUUAACGAGGAUCCGAAAAACGGUUUUCGGAGUCUUCAACAAAUGUGUUUGUUGCCGGAAACGCUUGACCCAUUAAGUGUAGCGUGUUUUUUACGAUACACACGUGGGUUAGAUAAGAAUCUUGUCGGAGAUUAUCUUGGGAAUCACGAUAAAUUCUGUGUCGAUGUACUUCAAGAGUUUGCAAAAACGUUCGAUUUUCAAGAAAUGAAUUUGGACAUCGCAUUACGGGUUUUCUUGGAAACGUUUAGAUUACCGGGAGAAUCGCAGAAGAUAUCGAGGGUUGUCGAGGCGUUUUCCGAAAGAUAUUAUGAACAGUCGCCUAAUAUUUUAGCCAAUAAAGAUGCUGCUUUAGUAUUAUCGUAUUCGUUGAUAAUGCUCAACACAGACCAACAUAACUCACAAGUGAAGAAAAAGAUGACAGAAGCCGAUUUUAUCCGUAAUAACCGGCGGAUAAACGGCGGUAAUGAUCUCCCGAAAGAGUAUUUAUCCGAGCUUUACCAUUCGAUUUGCGAAAACGAGAUCCGAUUGACACCAGAACAAGGUGUCGGGUUACCAGUCAUGACCCAUGAUAACUGGAUCGGACUAAUUCACAAAUCGAGAGAAACUGCUCCGUUUAUUGUGUGCGGGUCGGGAGAACGGAUCAACAACGAAAUGUUCGCUAUUUUGUCGGGUCCGACUGUUGCUGCUCUAUCUGUGGUUCUGGAUCCCGUAGAUCAAGAAGACGUGUUGCAAACGUGUAUCGACGGGUUCCUAAACGUUGCUAAGAUUGCGGGAUGUUAUCAUCGUACCGAUGUUCUUGACGGGUUGUUGGUUUCUCUCUCUAAGUUUACAAGACUCUUGCUUCCGAUGUCUAUCGAAGACUGUGUUCUCGCUUUCGGUAACGAUACGAAAGCGCGUAAAGCAACCGUAGCGGUUUUCACCAUAGCGAAUACGUACGGUGACUAUAUACAUUCGGGCUGGCGAAACAUUCUCGAUUGCAUUUUAAGCUUACGUAAAUUAGGUCUUCUUCCUGAUCGUUUAGCGCGUGAUGCGGUUGAAGACUUGGAAUCAAACUCCGAGCCCGACUCAGGACGAUCUCCGUUGGUCUCCCCGGUCAAACCCGCAUUACCCCCGGUCCGGAAAUCGUCUGGGCUGAUGGGCCGGUUCAGCGAGUUUUUGUAUUACGAUACCGAAAAACCCGCACCGCAACCUUCUGAAGAACAGGUCGAAGCUCGGAAACGGGCCACGGAAACCGUUAACGAUUGUCGUAUCGAUAGCGUGUUUACCGAGAGUAAAUUUCUUCAAUCCGAGUCUCUUUUGAGUCUUUCGCGGGCCUUGAUUUUAGCUUCUCACGAAGAUGAAAACGGUGCCGUUUUUUGUUUGGAGUUGCUAAUUACGAUCACGUUAAAUAACCGAGAUCGAAUUAUGCUUCUGUGGCAAAAUGUUUACGAGUACAUAGCUAAUAUCGUUCAGUCAGCUGUGAUGCCAAGUACGUUAGUUGAAAAAGCGGUUUUUGGGCUCAUUAGAAUUUGUAGACGGUUAGUUCCGUAUAAAGAAGACCUAACCGAGGACCUUCUUAAGUCGCUCCAACUUAUUUUGAAACUCGAUGCGCGGGUGGCGGAUGCGUACUGCGAACACAUCACACGGGAAAUUAUGCGUCUUGUUAAAGCAAACGCGGGUCAGAUAAAGUCUCAUACAGGUUGGCGUACCAUCACUUCUCUCCUCUCGAUAACCGCUCGACAUCCGGAAGCUUCCGAGCCCGGAUUCGAGACUCUCGAGUUCAUCAUGCUGGAGGGGGCCCACUUGUUACUGGCUAACUUUGUGCUAUGUGUCAAUGCGGCUCGUCAGUUUUCGGAGUCGCGGGUUGGAGAUGUUGCACGGUCGUUAAAGUCUUUGGAUUUGAUGGCGGGUUCGGCGGUUUGUUUGGUUAAGUGGUCUCGUGAAGCGGUUGAGGAAGAACGCGAAACCGCGGUUCAGCUUUAUAAAGAUAUUGGCGAGAUGUGGGUCCGUCUGGUUCAAGGUUUAAGGAAAGUGUGCGUAGACCCGAGAGAAGAAAUCCGGAACCAUGCGGUUUUGAUGCUUCAACGAUGCCUAACGGGUUUAGACGGGAUUCGUUUUGAAGACGACACGUGGUUACAGUGUUUUGAUUCGGUAAUAUUCCCAUUACAGAACGAUUUGUUCGAAAUUGUUGAAGAAAGAUCAGCCAAAGAAUAUCGAAACAUGGAAGGUACACUUGUUUUAUCGUUGAAACUCUUGUCGAAAGCGUUUUUACACUCGUUACCGCGUAUUUCCCGUGUGGCGUCGUUUAGUAAAGUAUGGGCCGGUGUUUUAAGCGCUAUGGAACGUUACACGAAGGUUAAGUUCAGAGGGAAAAGAAGCGGGAAAAUCCACGAGUUAGUCCCUGAGCUCCUCAAGAACAAUUUGCUUGUAAUGAAAUCAAGCGGAAUACUUUCACCAAGCGGUUCAGACGGUAUCUGGGAGCAGACUUGGUUACAUGUUAAAACCAUUGCACCUUCAGUGCAGUCGGAGGUGUUCCCUGAUGAUGAACCACAGACCACGGCUGCUGGUGUGGUUCCUGCGGUUAACGUAUCGGUUUCGUGAGGUGGGUCUGGUGACCAAAUUUUGAUGGGCGGAAUGAGGAAAGAGUUAUAGUUGAGCAGGUUUUCAUAUAUUUGUAUACUUUUAGUAUGUGUAAUUUCAUGGACACGUGUUUUUGUUUGACUUUGACUUUGACAUUUGUUGACUUUUGGUCCAUCAAAACACAUAUAUAGUCUCCUCAAAAAUCUUAUUGACAGAUCAUA